AUGGAUAAAAAAAAAGAGGUUCAUAUUGACAUAAAAAUAGAUGAAAAUGAUUAUCAAGAUGAUAUUAAAAUAAUUGUUGAUAUUUUACGUCCAGAGUGGCCUAAAGGUCAAUUGCAAUUCAAGAUAUUUACAAAUGGUAUCACCAAUAAAUUAAUCGGCAUUUAUUAUUCAGGUCAUUACAGUGAAAUGUUGUUGAUAAGAAUUUACGGUAAUAAAACAGAUUUAUUGAUCGAUAGGAAGGAUGAGGUCAGAAAUAUUCGGGUGCUGAAUAAAGCUGGAUACACACAUUCGCUGUAUGCAACAUUCAACAACGGGCUGGUGUACGAAUUUAUUAACGGAGAGGUUCUUACUCCGGAAACAGUAAUAAACCCGGAGAUUUAUUGGCUGGUUGCUAAGCGACUGGCUCAAAUGCAUUUGUUGGAUCCCAGGGAAUAUUGCCCGGGAAUUAAUUGGGGCAAUGCUCAUAGGGAAUCUAUUAUUUGGAAUAAGACUGAAAAAUUUAUAGAUGUGACUUUUAUCGACUUUGAGUACACGGGAUUCAACUACCAGGCAUUUGAUAUUGCUAAUCACUUUGCCGAAUUCGUUGGGGUCGAAAAUGUAGACUACGAUCGGUAUCCCGAUGAAGCCUUUCAAAGAUCCUGGCUGAAAAUCUAUCUUCAAGCAUUUAAUAAAUCUUCCAGCGUUUCGGAGGAGCAAGUUACCAAAUUGUUUAAACAAAUAAAAAAGUUUAACCUUCUGACCCAUUUUUUCUGGGGCUGCUGGGCCUUGAUACAGUCCCAACAUUCGACCAUUGAUUUUGAUUUUUUAGAAUACGCUGCAAUGAGAUUCAACGAAUUUUUCAAGUGCAAAAAUUCAAACAAUGACUCAUCUGAAUUAACAACUCAAUUAUAG